AUGUUGUACCUCAUCGGCCUCGGACUCGGAAACGAACGCGACGUCACGCUCCGAGGCCUGGACGCGAUACGGUCGUGCGCCAAGGUGUACUUGGAGGCGUACACGUCCGUUUUGGGGGUCGAUGCGUCGCGCAUGGAGGCACUGUACGAGAAACCGGUCGUCGCGUGCGACAGACGAUUCGUCGAGCAAGGCGUGGACGCGGUGCUCGAUGAGGCGAAAGAUACGGACGUGGCGUUUUGCGUGGUCGGUGACGCGUUCGCGGCGACGACGCACGGGGAUUUAGUGAUUCGAGCGCGAGAGAAAGGGGUGGCGGUGCGAGCGGUGUACAACGCGAGCAUCAUGAACGCCGUCGCGGGAACCGGGUUGUCGUUGUACAACUUUGGACGGACCGUGUCGAUUUGUUUCUUCACGCCGACGUGGAGACCGGAUAGCUUUUACGAUUGGGUGCGAGAGAAUCGAAAGACCGGGGCGCACACGCUGUGUUUGCUGGAUAUUCGCGUGAAGGAGCCGACGGUGAAGGCGCUGUGCAGAGGCAUCGAGGAGUAUGAGCCGCCGAGGUUCAUGACGGCGGCGACGGCGGCGACGCAGAUGCUCGAGGUCGAGGAGACGAGGGGCGAGGGAGCGUAUUCCGAGGACACCAUGUGCGUCGCGGUGGCGCGCGUGGGGCAGGACGACGAGAAGAUUCGCGCGUGCACGCUUGGAGAGAUGCGUCGGGUGGACAUGGGCGCGCCGUUGCACUCGCUCGUGCUCGUCGGCGACGUCAUGGACAUCGAAUCUGCCAUGCUCGCCACGCACGAGGUAAAACCAGAAGAUUAUUACGAGGGUGAACCGCCGUCGCAGAUGCUGGACGCGUAG